AAUACUUUGACGACCAUCUUCACGAUGCCUCAAAGUCCUGAAGUCCAACAUCAGACAAGGCUAUCGUCCUACUUCACACCCUCUCCAAGUCCAAAGAAGGCGAAAAGAAGAGCCAGUGCGAUAGUUGACCUUACUAUAGAUUCUUCUGACGAGGAGCGUCCGUUCAAGAGACAGAGAGGUUCCUCAACUUCCCUGGACAUCUCUCCUGGCCCAUCCAGAUCUUCAUCCGCUUCUGCAUCUUACAACAGGGCAGAACAGUGGAGCUUUGACUCUUCCCAUUCCACCUCAACUGAGAAGGACAGGACACACAUUUCAAACUCAGAGUUACGUUCGAACAAGUUGUCGAAGCGUGAAGCUCUGAAGAAGAAGCUUUUGCUUGAGAGAGAGUCUUCCUUCUUCCUUCAAGGCCGCUCUUCCACCGACAAGGGCUCAUCCAGUAGAAUCCAAAGUGGAGCCAUUGAUGAAAAUAGAGACACUGAUUCAGAGCCGGAAUUCUGGGCCACAAGUAAUGCCUCCACCAGUAAUAUCUCGAAAGUGAAACAAAAAGCCAUGCCGAGGGCGAAACGACCUGAAGAACUAGGCCCCAGUGGAGAACCAUGGACACCCCUCGAGAAGCAGGUGUUAAAGCUCAAGGGUGAUAAUCCUGGGACAUUGUUAAUGAUCGAAGUUGGGUACAAAUACAAAUUCUUCGAUGAAGAUGCCAAAAUCGCUGCAAGUGUGUUGGGAAUGGUUGCCUUCCGCGAUCGAAACUUUACUGUCGCGUCCAUACCUGUUGAACGGCGAGAUAUUCAUUUGAAAAAUCUUUUGUCUCAUGGACAUCGUGUAGGGAUAGUCAAUCAGGUAGAAACUGCAGCACUGAAGAAAGUGGGAGAAAAUCGAAACACGCCGUUCGAACGAAAACUGGUGCGUUUAUACACUGCAGCCACAUAUGUUGAUGCUAUGGACUCUGUCGAUAUGACGGCAACGCAUUCCCCGCCACCUUUCCUAUGCAUCGUGGAAGAUAGAAAGGCCGGCAAGGAAAGUGAUGUUUCAAUUGCACUUAUCAGUGUAUGUCCAAGUACCGGCGACGUCGUGUAUGAUGAAUUUGAGGACACGCUGAUGAGGCUUGAGCUUGAGACGAGAUUAGCCCACCUCAAACCUGCAGAACUGCUGUGUUCGAGAGAUGGGUUGACACGGCCAACUGAGAAGCUGUUAGCUGAGCUUACAAGUACUAUAUCGGGCGGUACCCCAGGCGUUAGGAUGGAACGUUUUCAGAAAUUAAUGACCUAUACCGAAGCCUUUUCUUUUCUCUCUACUUUCUAUACUGAGAAACGAAAUACUGUAUCAGCUUCUGAAAAUCUUAGAACAGGCAAACUCCUAGCCUCCAUUACGGCUUUUUCCCCGGAAGUUGUGAUCGGUCUCGCUCAUAUGGUCAAGCACCUUUCGACGUACAACGUCGCGGAUGUCCUUCUAGAAACCAAGUUUUUCACGAAAUUCAGCGAAAAGUCGCACAUGGUUCUCGCUGCAAACACUCUUCGCAACCUCGAAAUAUUCGAAAACGAGACUGAUCAUACUGUGCAUGGUUCACUCCUCUGGGUCUUGGAUCAAACAAAGACAAAGUUCGGUGCGCGGCUGAUGAAGAAUUGGGUUGGUCAUCCUCUGACAAAUAGAGUCGUUCUUCAAGAACGCGUUGACGCGGUGGAAGAGAUCAUCACUAGUUCCUCUGAUAAACUCGUCACCCUCCGCCAAAUACUCAAAAAAUUACCUGAUCUCGCAAGGGGACUAUGUAGGAUCCAAUAUGGUCAGUGCACCCCACAAGAACUAGCGAUCCUUCUUCCAGCCUUCAAGAAAAUCGCUUUUGCGUUUGAACCCAUGCGAGACAGUGAUUCCUCGCAAGCAGGAUUCAAAUCUCCACUCCUUAAUGACAUGAUACACGCGUUUCCCGCUCUGCGAAGCUCGAUAACUGAAUUGAUUGGGCACAUUUGCAUGAAGCGCGCAGCUGAAGGACGGAAGGAUGAGUUGUGGCUUGAUAAAGAGAAGUAUCCUAGGAUUGAAGAAACGAGAAUGGGACUGCAUGCAGUGGAGAUAGAACUGCGAGAGAUGCUCAAAACAGUUCGAAAGAUUCUUAAACGACCUUCACUUGAAUAUGAAACGGUGGCAGGAGAAGAGUUCUUGGUGGAAGUGGAAAAGAGUGCUCGAAUCGAUAUACCAGUGUCUUGGCGUUUAAUUUCAGCAACGAAGAGCAAAGCUAGAUAUCGGCCGUCUGAUGUACAAUUGAAGUUGGAGGAGAGGUAUCGGUGGCAGGAAACCCUCGAUAUCGAAGCCAACCACGCAUAUUCGUUAUUCCUGGACGAGAUCUCAGAGAACCAUUACGCGACGAUGCGGAAUGCGGUGAAUAAACUUGCUGAAGCUGAUUGUCUUAUUAGUUUGGCUCAGGUCGGGUUACAACCCAGCGCAAGCUACACUCGACCCGAAUUCGUGGACACCGACCAACUCGAAAUCGUGGAAGGAAGGCAUCCGAUGAUUGAGCUGUUGCGUUCUGAUCCGUUUAUUCCCAACACAAUUCGGAUGGGCUCCCAGAGGGAACCAAGGAGUAAGAUUGUUACCGGACCGAAUAUGGGAGGGAAAAGCUCUUCGGUCCGUAUGGUCGCUCUCAUUGCGAUCAUGGCACAGAUUGGGUGUUAUGUCCCCGCGGAAUCGGUGAAAAUGGGGAUGUUGGAUGGGGUUUAUACUAGGAUGGGAGCCUGGGACGACAUCGCACGGGGCCGGUCGACAUUCAUGGUAGAAAUGUCUGAGACGGGGGAGAUUCUCCACUCGGCUACGAAGAAGAGUCUUGUUAUCCUGGAUGAGCUUGGGAGGGGUACGUCGACUUUUGAUGGGAUGUCGAUCGCCCACGCAGUAUUACACCACCUGCUCACCGCCACCCGAUGUAAAACGCUUUUCAUCACGCAUUACCCGCUUGUUGCUGCGGAGAUCCAAAGACAAUGUCCUGGGGACGUGGAGAACUUACAUAUGGGGUAUACAACGGAGGAGCGGAUUGAUAGGACGAGGGAUGUGGUGUUUAUGUAUCGGGUUGGGAAGGGAAUCGCACAAGAUUCAUUCGGAGUAGAAUGUGGGAGGAUGGCGGGUUUACCGGAGGAUUUGUUGCGUGCUGCGUCUGAGAGAUCUGCGAUGAUGCGACAGGUGGUGAAGGGACGAGUUGAGAGGAAUAGGGUGCGUAAUGCUGUGAGACUGAUAUCCUUGGUGCGAGGGUUGAAGGAUGGGCGAGAACGAGAACAACCUGAAGGAAAUCAUUCCCUGGAACCGGGAUUGAUUUUAGGGAUGAUGAGGAAGCUUGUAUCACAGAUAAAUGAUUCAUAGCAGGUAGAAAUAUAAUCAUAAUCAUGUAAUGUACAUACAACAUACACUGCGGGGAUGAGCCGAUUUCCUCGAGGCGAAAAUGUGG